AUGAGUAUCAACGAAAUUCCACUCAUCAACGUACCUUACCCCCCAGAAUUGACGGUAGAAGAGAUCUUAAGUCGUAGAUCCGAGGAGAAACUGGGGUCAAAAGCUCCAAAUAGAUUUUUUAUUUAUAGGGUGGCGUAUAUAAAAGAACUUAGGAAAAGGAUCAGUAACAAUAUUUCUAUGACCAGAAUAUCGCCAUAUAUAAGUUUAUCUUGGUCAAAAGAGCCUUCUGAAGUAAAAGAAGCUUAUAAAAGACUUUCUGAACUGGCAGAAAAUAGGUUGAAGGAAAUGAGACAAAGGGAUACUACUCCAAUAUUUAUUCAUGAAAACUUUUCGCCCCCAUCACCACCACCUAGUCAACCUAACAAUGAUAUCAUAACUAACAAUAAUAUCAUACCUAACGAUAAUAUCAUAGUUGAUGAACCGUUAUUCUUUUAUACUUACUUCGACUAUUAUUACGAUUAUUAUUACUAUGAUUAUAACAAUAAUUGUUAUUACUUCUAUUAG